UUAUCUCACCGUGUCCGUGUAUAUUGUAUAACUUAUCCCAUCACUACGGUAUAAACCACAAAUGAUGAGAUAAGUAAGUUGACUAUUAUAUCUUAUACCUUAUUCCUUAUUCCUGGGAUUAUAAUUCCUGGACUAAUUUAUUCCACGUGGGGAUGCGAUAAAAUAAUACCAAUUACCAAGCUGCAUGGGAUAAGGUGAAGUAUCCAGGACUAAGCCUGCGUAUAAAUUUGUUCUGGGUAAACACGGUAUAAUUUAUCCAACCUUAAUCUAGGAAUAUCACACCUUAUCCCGCGUACCAAAAGGCCCCUUAGAAUCUUGCUUAAUUGCAUUGUAUUUAGCUAGAACAUUGAGUCAUGCUCAAUUUCCUUAUCUAAUCAUCUCUAUGUAUAUACUCACUCCAUCCCAAUUUGAGUGUCGUAGGACCGUGUGGCCAUGAAACUGAAAUUUUCACACUUUUGGCCAUAACUUCCUGAAAAUUUUGGAAUUAAACUGUUUUAAUUGUUUUAGGAAUUUGAAAAAUAUCAAAAAGCUGUUUUACUCCAAAUUACUCAGAAAAUUUCAAAAAAUAACUCCUAAUAGUAUUCAUGGCCCAAAACACAACUCCAAUUUUCACUUAUCAAUUUUCACUUUGAAAACAAAAACUAUUUUUUUCAACUGCUCACAAUUUUUAUGGCCAAACCCGCUUACUUUGAUUGAGCAUGGUGUGUUAAGAUGGGAAAACUUACUAAAUAUAGAAAGGAACAUUCUUAUUGGAACUGACAAAAACGUAAAGUAAGACAUUUCAAUUUGGAUGAAGGCAGGUUUGGCCAAACUCCUUGGGCUUGCUGGUGAGACUAAUGUGCAGGGUGAAGACCAAAAGAAACUGGAUGUACUCUCCAAUGAAGUUUUCAUCAAGGCUUUGGUCAGCAGCGGCCGAACAUGCAUUCUCGUGUCUGAAGAAGACGAAGAAGCUACUUUCGUAGAGCCUGCUAAGCGUGGAAAGUACUGUGUAGUUUUUGAUCCUCUGGAUGGAUCUUCCAAUAUUGAUUGUGGCGUUUCUAUCGGAACGAUCUUUGGGAUAUACAUGAUGAAGGAUGCUCAUGAACCAACACUAGAUGAUGUCUUGCAACCUGGAAAGAAUAUGUUAGCUGCUGGAUACUGCAUGUAUGGAAGUUCUUGUACGCUUGUCUUGAGCACUGGAAAAGGUGUUAAUGGUUUUACACUUGACCCCUCUUUAGGCGAGUUCAUCUUAACUCAUCCAGAAAUCAAGAUUCCUAAGAAAGGAAAGAUUUAUUCAGUGAAUGAGGGAAAUGCCAAAAACUGGGAUGGUCCAACAUCCAAAUAUGUGGAGAGCUGCAAGUUCCCCGAGGAUGGUUCUUCACCCAAAUCCUUAAGAUAUAUCGGAAGCAUGGUAGCUGAUGUUCAUCGUACAUUACUCUAUGGAGGUAUAUUUUUGUACCCAGCUGAUAAGAAAAGCCCCAAUGGAAAGCUGCGGGUUCUCUAUGAAGUAUUUCCCAUGUCAUUUCUGAUGGAACAAGCAGGAGGCCAAGCAUUUACCGGAAAAGAGCGGGCACUGGACUUAGUUCCUACGAAGAUACAUGAACGGGCACCAAUAUUUCUUGGUAGUUAUGAUGAUGUGGAGGAGAUCAAAAAGCUUUAUGCUGCUGAAGAGAAAAAUUAAUGGAUGCAUAUUUACAAUCAUCCUCUCACUUUACAAUUCUUGCUGAUGCUCAUUACUAAUUUGUUGAAAUAGAGCAAAUUUCUGUUUGUUACCAAGUCACAAAAUCAUCAAUAUUACAACAUAUGUAUGUUGCACAUUAGCUUGUUGGCUACUGUCAAACAAUAAUACGAGCAUAUAUGAGCAAUCUGCAGAUAAUUGUGUUUUGUUUGCAA